UUUUUCACAUGUUGGCAAUUUGUAUUUAAUUUUUGAGUAUCUAAAAAUACCGAAAUACGUAUAUUCUUUAUUGUGUUGUACUGUGUGAAAGAAAAUUGUAAUCAUGGAGGAAAAAAGCGUAGAGGACACUCCGAUGUCCCAGAGGCUGACCAACGAUGAUUUUAGGAAGUUGCUUAUGACACCAAGGGCUACGCCUUCUGGGGGCGCACACCCUGCAGGAUCAGUACGUGAAGCCAUGGCCAAUGCUGGUUCCAUGCCCCCGCCAGCAGAAAACAAAAGUGAAUUACGGCGUAAAAAGAAAUCCUACUAUGCAGCUUUGAAGAAACAAGAAGAUAAUAAGUUAGCUGAGUUGGCUGACAAGUACCGUGACAGAGCGAGGGAGAGACGUGAUGGACUUAAUGAUUUGGGACCUACAGAUCCUACUAGCAAUACUAGUAGUGCUUAUAGAGCAGUAGCGCCUGAUUUGAAAUCUGGUAUGGAUGCUAAAGAAAGGAGAAGACAGCUUAUUCAGGAAUCCAAAUAUCUUGGUGGUGACAUGGAGCAUACUCAUUUAGUCAAAGGUCUUGAUUACGCUCUCCUGCAAAAGGUGCGUUCAGAAAUUCAGUCUCGGGAACUAGAGGAAGAGGCUGAGAUGGAGAGACUGGUUACACAGCCUGUUGAAGCUGUCAAAGAAAAGAAGGAAGUUGCACCAGUUGAAGAAGAAGUGCCAUUCAAAACUGACAUAGGAAAGAAUAUUUACAACAUGAUUACGGAACAGAAAAACAAAAAAGUAUCUCGCAACGAGCUAUUCGCCCCUGGUCGUAUGGCGUACGUGAUUGAACUCGAGGAGGAAGGGACAAUCGACAGCGACAUCCCAACAACAUUAACGAGAAGUAAAGCUGACGUCCCCGAGCCUAAUGAGCGAAGUACAGCGGCUAGUGCAAAUGAUGUAGUUGUUGAAAAACUUACUCAGAUAUUCUCGUAUUUGCGUCACGGACGGCACAGGAAGCUUAAGAAGACUAAAGUAAGCAAUAUUAAGUGGAAAAAAAUUAUACUAAAUUUCUGGCCUCAAGUAAGGGAAUUUCCUGUACUACGAAUAUCAGAAUGA